UGCCAAGAACUGCGUAAGGAGCGAAAGGCGCCGAAGAAGCCAAGAGCGCCACGCAUGCGCUCAUGGAGUGAAGCGCUGGAGCCUGUGAAGCUGGGGAGGGUUGACUAAGAAGAGGCUCUUGGGCGAAGCUGUUUCCCCCUCUCCUUUCCCUGAAAAAGCGGGCGGAGUGGGGAGAGAGAGGGAGAUGUAGGAGGCCUCGGAGAAUUCCACGUUCCUUUUAUGCAGGGGCAAAGGGAGCCGCGUCCUACAGGCUGGGUGCCAUCUGCUGGCUGCCAGCAUGCCUACUCUGGAACCUGAGCAACUGACCAUCAGAGAAAUGAGAGAGGAGGAGACACCAGUUGUCUUGGAGCUUCUGAAGGAUGGAUUCAAGGAUACAGAGAACCGCCUGAUCCUCUAUGUGUUGACGCGGCCUCUGGCUUUGCUGCUGAUGGCGGUGGUGAGCAGCGGCCUGCGUUUCUUCCUGAACUCGUUUGUGGUGGCUCUCGUGCUGCCGGUCCUGCUCACCGUGGUGGCUCUGAAGCUUCUGCUGUGGCGCUCGCCGGACUUGAGGCACCUGCAUGCCUACUACAGCUCAGGGCAGCGCGGGCUGUGGGUGGCUGUAUACGACGAGGAUGACGUGUGCGGCUGCGUGGCGCUGGAGCCCUGCGGCGGGGAACCACGUACGGCGGAGCUCAAGCGCCUGGCUGUGAACCGGUGGUACCGGCGCUCUGGUGUGGGCCGCUCCCUCCUCAGCUUCCUGGAGGCUCACGCUCGCGCCCAGGGCUUCAAAUUCUUAGUGGCCCAGGUCUCGGUAGUCACCAAGGCGGCGAUUGGGCUCUUUGAGAGCACUGGCUACAACAUGAGUGGUGGGCUGCGGUGGCUUGGCUACACCAUUCAGCAGGAGUUCAGCAAGGAGCUCUAGUUGGUCUGCCUGCCAGUUAGCCACUAGGGAGGGACCCAGGCAGGGACAGCGCAUUGUCUUGAGGAAUCCCUGCCCACCCCGUAAACGUGGGGAAAGCACCGAGCUCCAGAAGCAAGGCUGCAGGGAACAAGUAAUCUCUUAAGCCCCCAAACAGGGCAGUUCCUCUCAGCAAAAGUGGCUUCCUCCACCUGGAAAAUCAGACACUGUAGCCAUGAACACAGAGCUAAGCAGGGGAAAGGGUUGUCCAUUAAGAGCCUUCUCCCUGGUCUGCCACGUCACUCAGGCUCCCUGUCAUUUAGAGAUUUCUACCAAAGAUUAUCUGUCCAUAGUUUUGAGGAGUGGAAAUAACCAAUAAUUAUUGUUGUCCCAUUCCCCCCCCCCCAUGCCCUGCAUCAGGUCAGACUCUACACCAAACACAUUCAAAUCUUACACCAGGGUAAACCUCAAAUUCCAGGACUUAUAUAAAUACUGCAUAUCAAGCAAACCUGGAUUUCAAUACAGUGCAUUCGGCAUAAAUGGCAUUUUAUAGAAUAUGAGAGGGCAGGUCUUUAUGCCAAGGAGCUUUCUUUCUUUCUUUCUUUCUUUAUUUAUUUAUUUAUUUAUUUGCUUUGUUUUAUUUAAUAAUAAUAAUAAUAAUAAUAAUAAUAAUUUUAUUAUUUAUACCCCAUCCAUCUGGCUGGGUUGCUGUAUAGCCUUGCCCUAUUCUAAUGUCUUUUUGUGCAUUUGGAACUUCAUGGGGAGGAAUGCUUUUGGUGUGGGUGUGGGUGGUGGUGUAGCAGGUGGGAAAAAGUUUUAGGAAUAUGCACAGGUGUGUGUGGACAACUUUUCUGCUUGCUCCAAAUCUCCCCCUCCAUCCCAAGCUGCUUUUCCUUAAAAAGAAGGAGCUGUUUCGGUUCUGUUAAACUCAUUUCCAUGCAACAUGCAGUUUGACUUGCAAGACGGCAAAUGGCGCCUUGUUCUCUGUUGGAUUUGUACAGCUAUCAAACUAGGUACAUUCGAGUAUGAUCCAUUCAGGGCUUUAUAGGUCAAGGCUGAUCCUGUCAACUGUGUCUCUAUACGCACAUGGUUUCUUUUGAUGGUAUCAUUGCAGCUGACAGGGUCUUUUUGGAGCCUUUCAGCUUCCUCCUGGGUUCCAGGACUUGGGUCUGAAGAGAGAGAACCUCUUCCUUAUGGCUUGGUUUCUGGAUCCCUGUUCCUCCAGAGGCUGAAGCAAUUGAUAAAACUGUGGAUUGGCUGUAGGGUGGGUGGAAAUCACAUUUCCAGUUCCCAGCCCCAAUUCAAGUCAGUCUGUAUGUGCACCCCAUUCCCCAAGAGGACACAGCAGACUGGAGACUCUAUGAUAAGGCAAUUCAGGGAAAUGUAUAGUAUGAUUGCAGAUAAAUAUGUCUCGCUAAUGGCCUGUGAUUAUAAGUGGGAAGAAGUGGCUGGACCCAGGGGUGUAGUUCAUAAUACAGAAAUGCACCCUGCAGCCCUCUGGAAUGAAUCCCUGAUGAUGGGGACUGGGUUACCUGGUGUUGGGGGCAGAGGAGAUAUUUUGCUUUCAUUAGAAGUGCUCUCAAUAUGAGCCAUUUCCGUAUUCCCACAGGAGUGGUACCUAAAAGAAGGAGCAGGGAGCAAUGGCUUUUUAACAGGAGGAUGAAAAUUUCAGCUGGGAACCACCUUCCUUGGAAAAGUUGGGCCAUUGGAUGAGGGG